AGAAGCGCAGGGCGGGGCCGGCAGGGGGCGGUAGCGCUCGGGCGCGGCGCGGCGCGGCGCGGCGGGAGGCGGCCGGGCCCGCUCGAAGAUGGCGGUGCGGAAGAAGGACGGCGGCCCCAACGUCAAGUACUACGAGGCCUCGGACACCGUGAGCCAGUUCGACAACGUCCGCCUGUGGCUCGGCAAGAACUACAAGAAGUACAUCCAGGCCGAGCCCCCCACCAACAAGUCGCUGUCGAGCCUGGUGGUGCAGCUGCUGCAGUUCCAGGAGGAGGUUUUCGGCAAACACGUCAGCAACGCGCCCCUCACCAAACUGCCGAUCAAAUGCUUCUUGGAUUUCAAGGCGGGGGGAGCCCUGUGCCACAUCCUGGCGGCCGCCUAUAAGUCAAGAGCGACCAAGAGAUGGGGGCGUUUCGAUUUCCAGAAUCCCUCGCGGAUGGACCGCAACGUGGAGAUGUUCAUGACCAUCCGAGAAAUCUCUGCCCAGAACAACUGCCUGGCGCGCCCCAACAUCUUCCUGCACCCGGAGAUCGAGCCCAAGCUGCUGGGCAAGCUCAAGGACAUUGUCAAGAGGCACCAGGGCACGGUGACCGAGGACAAGAGCAACGCGUCCCACGUCGUCUGCCCCGUCCCCACCAACCUGGAGGAAGAGGAGUGGGUCCGGCCGGUCAUGAAGCGCGACAAGCAGGUCCUGCUGCACUGGGGCUACUACCCCGAUAGCUACGACACCUGGAUCCCUGCCAGCGAGAUCGAGGCCUCGGUGGAGGACGCCCCGACACCGGAGAAGCCGCGGAAGGUCCACGCCAAGUGGAUCCUGGACACGGACACGUUCAACGAGUGGAUGAACGAGGAGGAUUACGAGGUGACGGACGAGAAGAGCCCGGUCGCCCGCAGGAAGAAAAUCUCGGCCAAGACGCUGACGGACGAGGUCAACAGCCCCGAUUCGGACCGACGGGACAAGAAGGGCGGCAACUACAAGAAGCGCAAGCGCUCGCCCUCCCCAUCGCCCACCCCCGAGGCCAAGAAGAACGCCAAGAAGGGACCAUCCACCCCCUACAAUAAAUCAAAGCGCGGGCACCGCGAGGAGGAGCAGGAGGACCUGACCAAGGACAUGGACGAGCCCUCGCCCGUCCCCAAUGUGGAGGAGGUCACGCUGCCCAAAACAGUGAACACCAAGAAGGACUCGGAGUCGGCGCCGGUCAAGGGGGGCACCAUGACGGACCUGGACGAGCAGGAGGAUGAGAACAUGGAGACGGCCGGCAAGGACGAGGAGGAGAACGGCGCGGGGAGCAAGGGGGAGCAGGCGAAGAACCCCGACCUGCACGAGGACAACGUGACGGAGCAGACGCACCACAUCAUCAUCCCCAGCUACGCCGCCUGGUUCGACUACAACAGCGUCCACGCCAUCGAGCGCCGCGCCCUACCCGAGUUCUUCAACGGCAAGAAUAAAUCCAAGACGCCUGAGAUAUACUUGGCUUACCGCAACUUCAUGAUCGACACGUACCGGCUGAACCCCCAGGAGUACCUGACCUCCACCGCCUGCCGCCGCAACCUGGCCGGGGACGUCUGUGCCAUCAUGCGCGUCCACGCUUUCCUGGAGCAAUGGGGUCUCAUCAACUACCAGGUGGACGCUGAGAGCCGUCCCACCCCCAUGGGCCCCCCACCCACCUCCCUUCACGUCCUGGCCGAUACGCCCUCGGGGCUGGUACCGCUGCAACCCAAGACCCCCCAGGGCCGGCAGAGCGACGGGGACGCCAAGACGGGCCGCAAGAGCAAAGCUGACGAGCUGGUCAGCGAGCCGGUGAAGGGGAAGCCGGAGCUGCAGACGUCGGCCUCGCAGCAGAUGCUCAUUCCCGACAAGAGCAAGGAGAAACCCGCCGACAUGCAGAACUUCGGCCUCCGCACCGACAUGUACACCAAGAAAAACGUCCCCUCCAAGAGCAAAGCGGCCGCCAGCGCCACGCGGGAGUGGACGGAGCAGGAGACGCUGCUGCUGCUGAGGGGGCUCCACGGGGCCGCGGUGACACCGCGCACCCCCGCCAACCCCCCCGUUCCCUCCCCCCAGGCUCUGGAGAUGUACAAGGACGACUGGAACAAGGUGUCGGAGCACGUGGGCAGCCGCACGCAGGACGAGUGCAUCCUGCACUUCCUGCGCCUGCUCGAGGACCCGUACCUGGAGGACUCGGAGGCCUCGCUGGGCCCGCUGGCCUUCCAGCCCAUCCCCUUCAGCCAGUCGGGCAACCCCGUCAUGAGCACCGUGGCCUUCCUGGCCUCCGUCGUGGACCCGCGCGUGGCCUCGGCCGCCGCCAAGUCCGCCCUGGAGGAGUUCUCCAAGAUGAAGGAGGAGGUGCCCACGGCGCUGGUGGCUCACGUCCGCAAAGUGGAGGAGGCGGCCAAGGUCACGGGCAAGGCCGACCCGGCCUUCGGGCUGGAGAGCAGCGGCAUCGCCGGCACCACCUCAGACGAGCCUGAGCGGAUAGAGGAGAGCGGCUCGGAGGAGGCGCGGGCGGAGGCGCAGCCGGCGGAGGAGAAGAAGGAGCGAAGGUGAGGGCUGUCCGGGGAGGGGACACCGGGGGGGCCGCUGGGGCCGGGACUCGAGCCGGCGGACCCCCCCCAGGAGCCCCGGGAUGGUGUCACCGAGGACGAGGCGAAGGAGAAACCCGGGGAGGCCCCCAAGAAGGAGGAGGAGAAGGGAAAGGAGCCGGAGGGCGAGAAGGAGCCCGACAAGGGUGAUGGCGAUGGAGUGGGGGAGCUGGAGAAGGAGAAGGAGGCGAAGGAGGCAGCGGACGAGGCGCCCAAGGAGCCGCCAGAGCCCGAGGCUGAGCGCAAGGCCAAGGUGGAGCGGGACAUCGGCGAGGGGAACCUCUCCACGGCCGCCGCCGCCGCGCUGGCCGCCGCCGCCGUCAAGGCCAAGCACUUGGCGGCCGUGGAGGAGCGGAAGAUCAAGUCACUGGUGGCUCUGCUGGUGGAGACGCAGAUGAAGAAGCUGGAGAUCAAACUGCGGCACUUUGAGGAGCUGGAGACCAUCAUGGACCGGGAGCGCGAGCGGUGAGGGGGCAGGGGGCGA